AUGUUUGCUACUGGUGUUUGGGAAUGUGGAGGUGGAUUUAUUUCUGAAGGUCUAGCUCUUCUGUUAGCAUCUCCUUCUUCUGACAAAGAAGAAAUCAACAAAUGUUGUACAACACAUGACAGACAAUACGAAAAAAUUGAGAACUGAAAGAUGGGGUCUUGCACCCCCAUUUUAUCGAAGGCAAUCAGAUGCAGAAUUUGCAAAAUGUUUGGAAAACUGUCCUAGUCGGUACACACAAACUGUUGUGAGAUAUGGAUACGGCGCUAUGGUCUACAUAAACACAGAACUGACGGAAACCUGGAACAAAUUUAAAACAGCUCUAGGAUUUUGA